CUAGACAAUCAAAAUAUUGAGCCACAAAUGCGAAGAAGAUGAAUUCAAAAAACGGGAAGUCCAUUCUCUGAAGUUUCUCUUCGUUUUUUUCCCCCUUCGCGAUGUCAAAGCGUGAUUUUUGCUCUCUAAUCUUGCCGCAGCGAGUACGUAAGCGUCUUCAGGAGGCCAGCAUCGAAGAUGACGACGACCUAGUGGCAUCCGGCCCGUCUUUCACUGCUGAGGCGGCAUUGGUUCUUGAGCGACGGCGGGAGACCCCCAUCUUCACGUUUAACACCGCUUCAGAUUGUCUCAAGCGAAAUGAGAACUUGCACCGCAUAGCGACAUGGGUUCCCAGCAUCGACGCUAUGCUUGAUGGAGGCAUUCCUCGGCGCAAGAUAAUCGAAGUGACCGGCGCCGCCGGCACCGGGAAGACCCAGUUCUGCAUGCAGGUAACGGCGUCCAACGAAUUGUCGAAGAAAUCGACCGUAUACGUAGAUUCUAAGGGAGGUUUCACGAUAGCGCGGUACAAAGAAAUCUUGGCGGGAACUUCGAGAAGGCAGGAGUGCGCCCUUGAUCCGUGCGGCGGAGCCAGCCUGCGCUACACGUUGUGCGAUUCGUGGCAACAACUGGUGUCCACAGUUUGGCUAUUGCCCGACGAACUCAGAAGCUGUGAAGCGAAGAAGGAGGAGGAAAUAACGUUGGUUGUUUUAGACGGCUUUGACUUUCACCUGAGGAAUCAGCUUCAAGACCCCCGCGAGAGGAAGAAGGUGCUCAGCGGACUGACGCAGAAGCUCGUCGAAAUCGCGAACUGCGGUGCAGCCGUGCUAGUCACGAAUCACCUGUCUAUGAAGCCCAGCUACAGCGAUCCGUCGUCCCUUGUGAUUGCUCCAGCUUUGGGACAGGGUUUUGGGCACGAGUGUGCCUACAGGGCAACAUUCGUGGGAGAGGAUGGUCUCUAUAAAGCUAUUUUUUACAAAGCGCCAACGUUCGGACGGACCAUGGUGUUGUUUAGAAUACAGCGUGAUGGAAUUGUUGAAGAGACUGACGGCUUUUAAAUACGACGGGCAUGAGCCUACAUGAGCGUCGUGGGUACAUACAAGUCUUACAUGUGAUAUGCUCCACUAUUUUAACCUUGUGGUUUAACUAUGCUAUCAUACACAUCAUACAAAAUUUUAUCAUUUGCCUUCUGUGACACGUUUAUCUUGCAAAUGGUCGCGGAAUAAUUUUUCUUGUGCAUGGCUUCCGUGGAAAGACUGAAGUUUUCAAUUUAUACUGCAGCAGAAAUUGCAUUUGGAUGUGCAUUGCACAGAACUAGUGCAGCAUGCCUUGUGCACUACCUUCCAAAAGCUGUUUUAUUCUAUCUUAUUUGUUGUGUUGCAUUCGUUUGACAAACACAUGCUGACUGAACUUUUCGAUCUCCUUUGCUGUGCUGAAAUAGCAAGUUCAAGGGACAGCAUAUUUGAGUGAAAUUAACUCUGAAACUAUAGAAACCUUGGAAUCCCCAGUCCUGUAAACUUUUGUGGGUGACGACUGUAUUAUUGGCAUCAAAGGAAAUGCGAGCAGGGAAGUGCAAGCACAAAGCAUUACUGAAGGUAUGUGCUCACCGUCGGCCAUACAUUUGUAGAAACAGAUGCACACGUCUGGUUUACCCACAGGUUGCUUGCCACGCUGCGAUAGCCUUGCCUCUGUUUUCUUCGUUUUUCGUUUUGCUUUUUAAUAACUUGC